UCCAUUCAAAUUCUUUCUUCCUCCCUCCCCACCGAAACCCUAGCGAUCUCUCCCUCUUUCCCGCCUCCUCUCUCCGAUGGCCAUUCUUGGCUCAGGAAUAGCGUCGGAUGGAUCAGCCGCUACUCCCAGCUCUCUGCUCAAGGAGGACGGCUUCGAUGAGUCGAAAGAUGGGCCGAAAGAAGUCAAGCUGCGAGAUCUGGAGUCGGUGCUUCAGGUCCAAGAAGUUGGGAACCAACCUUCAAAUUCGUCAACCAUAAAUGAAGCCAAGGUACUUCGAUGCCAACCAAAAGAAGGAAAUUCGUUAAUCUCAGUAGCUGCUGAAUCAUUAUUUUUGGAUAAGCUUGCAUCAAAGAGUACAAAUGAUAGUUCAGCUGAAAAAGUUUCUUCUCAUCUAACACUGGGUCCUCCUGAACCUAGUAAAGAGUGUGAGCAAACUAGAGUUAACAUUGGCCUUGGAGUGGAUCUCAAUUAUGAUCAUCCCUCACAUAUAGCAGAAUACGAUCCAUUUAAUCCCUUCAAGAAGUUGGUAGAAAUCAAGUCUGCAGAUGCUUCUGAGUGUGGAAGUACCACAGGUCCUAUGGAGGAAAGCGAACCUUUGAGGAAGUGGAAACAGAUGAAACAAAAUGGCUUUCUUUCAUAUUCACACAGUGGCAUAGCAGUGCCCAAACAGAGCAGUCAGCCAAGAAAGAGAAAAUCUGAUAGAAGUCAAAGCAAGAGUGAGUUUUCAAAAAAAGAGCAGAUUAGUAGGUUCGCAAAUCUUGCUGCACCAAGUGGAUUACUUUCUGGAUUAAAUCCAGGAAUAAUCAACCAUGUAAGAAAUACAAAGCAAGUUCACUCCAUUAUAAAAGCUGUCGUGAAAUCAGAGAAACAUGAUGGACAAAUUCGGAAUAGAAUUAGUGACCAAGUAGGUAGAGGGACUAAAGAAAUUAUUGGCAGAAGGAAGGAUCAUAUUCACAACAAUGUUUCAACAUCUACACAUAAUCCAUGUAUUUCUCCAAGCAUGGAGUAUCUAAGUAAGGAGAAUGAAACAGAGAUGGCUAAACACAAUUUUCAUCAAGGAGCUUGUGCAACUUCACAGCUGACCUCUGGAUGCGAGGAUGAUGCACUAACAUUGAAACUCUCAUCAACUGCUACUUUGGUUUCAGAAAUUGCUAGCAGCGGAGCACAUGAUCAUUUUUCUGAAAAUCAGCAAAAUCUUGAUUCUUUGUCUAUAGAAGCUGCUAAAAUUGCAUCUCAGUGGUUAGACCUUCUUCAACAGGAUAUCAAAGGGCGCCUUGCUGCACUAAGGCGUAGCAAGAAGAGGGUAAAGAAUGUCAUACUGACUGAACUACCAUACUUGAUUUCCAAAGAAUUUGCACCCAAUCAAGAAAAUGAACCUCAUUCUUCACAAUCAUCUGAGUUUGCUUGUUCAACCAAAGAGAUGCAUGUGUCACGUUGGAAGUCACUUUUCAGUCAGAUGGAUAGAGCACUGUCUGAAGAGGGAAAACAACUUGAGAAUUGGUUAAAACAAGUUCAAGAAAUGCAACUACACUGUGAGAACGGUCUUAAGUUUGUCGGCUCAUCCGUUUCUUCACAUUUAAUUUCAGCGGACAAUCCAAGUAAAUUUAAUACACCUGAGGCUUUGGAGCUUAAGUAUGCGGUGUGGGCCGCUGCAGCUUCCAUAUACUCUACCUGCAACUUAAUCACGAAAACAGAUAAGUCGUGAAGAACUACUUUCCUCGAUCUUUUCUUUUUUUCCACCACUAAUUAACUAUUUAUAUGGCGCACACAUCUUGUGUGCGUCAAUUUCUAUAACAUUUUGUGCACAAUCAAAUUACUAAAAAUUAAGUUGCCAGUAAUUGUGAGUUUUCCUCAGAAAGCUAACCAUGUGAUGAUCCUAUCUUCAAGUCGCAACCAGCGUUAACUUUGUGAUGUUAUUUCCUUAUAAUCAAGAUGCUUACAAGAAGCAUUGUACUCUGCUCGAGUAUCUCUUGGGAGACCAAUUUUAUGAUUAGUUGCUUGCAAAUCAUCUGUUGUUAGUUACGUUGCUGUAUUAUUGUUUUGAGAGCUUAGACGAUGACAAUUGAUUUUCAGGGAAAAAAAGGAAGCAAAUCUUAUAAGAUAGUGUUCUUGGUGUUUGUUU